AUGGUCAAGGCUGUCGCUGUUAUCCGUGGAGACUCUAAGGUCUCCGGCACUGUCACUUUCGAGCAGGCCAACGAGAACACCCCCACCACCAUCUCCUGGAACAUCACUGGCCACGACGCCAACGCUGAGCGUGGCUUCCACGUCCACCAGUUCGGUGACAACACCAACGGCUGCACCUCCGCUGGCCCUCACUUCAACCCCUUCGGCAAGACCCACGGUGCUCCCGAGGACGACGAGCGUCACGUCGGUGACCUUGGCAACUUCAAGACCGAUGCCGAGGGUAACGCCGUUGGUUCCAAGCAGGACAAGCUGGUGAAGCUCAUCGGUGCUGAGAGCGUCCUGGGCCGGACCCUGGUCGUCCACGCUGGUACUGAUGACCUUGGCCGUGGUGGCAACGAGGAGUCCAAGAAGACCGGUAACGCUGGUCCUCGUCCCGCUUGCGGUGUCAUUGGCAUUGCUGCUUAA